AUGAUGAAUGAAAGCUUUUAUUAUAGGCGUAUUUGGAUUUUAAUAUUACACUUAUGCUCAUUGGUAAAAGGACAAGGUAGUCGAAAUCGACCAAGUGGACCACUUACUGAUGAUUUUCAAAAUUGGCUUGUCGCAAAUGGUUAUGAAAGUUUAAAUUUUGAUCGACCAGAUAUUGGUCCAAAUGGUAGCUUUGGUGGUCGAAAGAAGAGAGGUCAAAAAAUAUCACGUGAACCGGUAAUUUUUGUACAUGGUAAUGCAGAUGCAGCAUUAUACAUACAACCACCUUUAGCAACCGGAUGGUCACGUUCAGUUCAAUAUUUCCUGGAGCAGAAUUAUACCUCAGCUGAAUUAUAUGCAACAACUUGGGGUGAUACCUGGGCAGGUGGAAAUAUUUUGACUGCUUAUAGUACCAUGCAUACUUGUGCUAAUCUCAUAUAUUUGAGGAAAUUUCUAAUUGCUGUAUUGGAUUACACUGGUGCAUCUAAGGUUGACGUCAUUGCACAUUCUUUUGCUGUACCAUUAAUGAGAAAAGUUCUAAAAGGUGGCAACCUGAUAGCAACUGAUGGAAAUUGUGUUCUUGGGAAACCGUUAGGUCAUCGUGUGGAUACAUUUUUGGGUAUUUCCGGCGCUAAUUACGGUCUUUGCGUCUGUCAAUUGGCACAAACGAUACCAGCCUGGUGCAAUGCUUUAGAUGGUUUGUAUCCCGGAUAUACGUGUGAAGAUCAGUUAAUUUGCGCUUAUCCUGAUUCCGAAUGUAAACAAAAGAACUACUCAGCAUUUUUGGAGAAUUUAAAUAAUGAUCCGAAUCGGGAAGCUGACCAUGUAUAUGCUAUGUGGUCCGACGUAGAUGAAGUAUUGCUACUUCGAGGAAUGACCUGGGGCAAACCGACCAGUCGUAUACCGGGAAUGAAUGGCCGCUGGGUAUCCGACAGGAAUAGUCACAUGGCGAUGAAAGAUUUAACGGAACUAAGACAGUACGAAGCUGUUGUACAUCAUUCCAUUUAA